UUUUAGAUAAAAGAACCAUAAUUGGCAUAAUGUAGUACAUACUUCCCUGAAAAAAUUUUUUCUUAUUGUUGAAAAAAUGUGUCUACUCUUUUUAUGAGAUGUCUUGGCAGUUUACUAAAAGCUGAUUAUGACAAAAAAUACUGAUUCACCAUCCUAGAACAACCCAAUAAACCUUUAAUAUGAAUUGUAGCCUCAUUAUCAGUUUAACUUAUUUGUGUUUACGUACAUCAUGUUCAUUCUAAUGAUUUAUAAAAUAUUAACAGCUUGAUAAUGGACUUUUGGUUCCUCCAUUCAAAAGCAGAAUUAUUUAAGAUUGAACAAGUAUUCAAGAAAUGCUGUUAUCGUAUGGCCAAAGAAGACGAAAUCAUCAUAAUCGGGGUUUCCAAAUUGAAGGUCGCGGUUUCCAGUGGUUUAAACAGCAACGCGUUCAUUUUAAUCAUUGCACACGGACAUAUUUUAAACUAUUUUGUUAAAGCUAACAAUGCAAAACGCAAAAGAGGAAAUGCAAUUGACCAAAUACACAUUGCAGGAAAAAGUAUCGAUGUUGAACCUCACUCCGGCUUUAGAAUAAAAAGUAGAACUGUGUCGGCUACUGCGAUUACAAAAUUCUUGGAAAAUGUCGAGUUUUAUGCUUUGCAAGACGUUCAAUCCCAUACAAAGGAAUUUUCAACCAUCCAUGUGGGUGCCAAACCAUCUUCCGCCUGGUCAACAAUUGGUAUAGUGGAUAAAUGUUAUGAACAUAAAGAUCUUCUGCUUUCAGUACGUUUAACGGACAUGAGAAACUCCUAUACGCAAUUGUAUAUCACUGGAAAAGCAUAUACAAUGUUUCGCGAAGAUAUCAAACACGGAACCAUCAUAGCAGUCAAAAGGAUAUCACUUUUAAAGCCGAAUAAUAUAAAGCAAUCUAUUGCUCUUCACGUAGAUUUGAUUCAGCAGAUUUGCAUUAUCGGAAUCAGUUUAGAUCUGACAAGGUGUAUCGCUUAUAAAUCUCCAAGAAUUCAAUGUGAUGAAUACAUUGAUGGGCGAACUUUGGAAUAUUGCGAUAAGCAUUUAAAACAAGCGCUUGAUUUUUCCAAGAGAAGGCGAGCGGAAAUGAUGACAGGGUAGGUUGAGAGACAAAUGGCAUCACUUCUUCUGAAUAGCUUAUCUUCCUUGAUGAUAGCGAUUCUGGAUUUGAUAUUCGUUGGGCUAC